UUGCAUGGCUUCCAUUGCCUCGCUUCGUCAUGAACACGCAUGCAUUCCAUGGCUCAUGGCUGUGCACGGCUGUGGGCUGUGGCUGGCAUAUAGUAGUCCAGGCAAGAUUGUGCGGGUCACACCUGGGGGCGGUCCAAUCCGUCAGUGGACACGGGACAGGCACACGUCAGUCGCUGCCUCGCCGCGGUGGACGGCGACGUGCUCUCUGUAGUACUUAUAGCCACAGUAGUAGGAGUCGUUAGGUUUACUGGUUUGUGUGCACUAGGACACACUCAGCGUUUUUAACGAUCCUUGGAGACUGCGACUCCUGUAACAGAGGAGGGAGGGAGGAGAUGCGUACAAAACCACCACCUACACGUCGUGACGACGCAUCGAUCCCCAUGGACGACGUCGAUCACUUCGUGUUUGUUUUGCGUCCGGCCGGUCAGGGGAGGUCUGAUGCAGGGCAGGGCGGGGCAGGUCAGGUCGCCGGAAAAAUAGCUGUCCGUGAUUGUACUUGUUCGGGUUCUGCACGAGUCCGUUCCGAGCCAGCCCUUUUUUCUUUUCUUUUUUCCCCCCUUCAUCCUGUCUACAACCUUUCGGGAUUGAAACUUGAAAGGACUGCCAUGUCAAGCAUGAACCCAAACGCGUCCCAUCCGAUGCUGAAAUCCUACCCCGGCACAAGGAAUUAUAGGAAUGACGGAAAAGAAUUCACUGAACGGCUCCGCUCGCCGCCCGUACGUACGCACCUCUUGCUCUGCCUGCCUCUGUUUGGGCCAAGCACGAGCAUGUCAUCCAUCCCUGCCUCUUUUUACUUACGGCCACUGCUCACCCCCCACUGUGCCAUCGGAGACCAAUUUGAUCUUUUUGUGUCGCGCCAGGGAGGUACUAGUGUCGAACUUUGACAAGAAAUGUGUGGUGAAAUUCUGUAUCAUUCAACACCAGAUGGCGACGCCUCUGGUUGGCAGCACACUGUGACUGAAUGAACCUUCGCGACCACACCGUCGCCAUCACCGGCCGCCCGCCGGCGUGCUCCGCCGCUGCCGCUAGCUGGCAUCAUGGACGGACUUGGCGUAUUCGCGUGCUGGAAAUUCGGAAAGCGUGACAAAAGCCCCGGUCGGCGCGGUCUCCUCUCCUCUCCUCUCCUCUCCGCGCCCAAAAGGAGCGUCUGUCCACCUGCCUGCUGCCUCCUAUAAAAAUCGGCCGCCCUCGAGCCCCGCCGAGCUGCAGCAGUUUCUUUGGCAGCCGCCUGCUUCGAGCAUAGCGAACCCAACCCCGGUUGCUUCCUCAUUACUAGAGUCCAGAAACCGCUGGAAUUUUACCUAGUGAAAAACAAACAAGGUAAGGUGAGCAACGCUAGCUAGGAGUGAGUUCCGUAUACUAGACUAACUAGAUUGAUCGAUCGAUCGAUCGAACCGUAGAUAUGGCAAGCAUCGCCGUACGGGAUUGCCGAGCCGUGCUUCGGCCGAAUUGGUGGAUCUGGUGCCUUGAGUUUGGGUACGAUGGAGUUCGUCAGCAGCAAGGACGUGCAGAUGGCCGGGCUGAACACCGAGCUGUCGUCGAGAGAAGACGACGCGCUCCCGGCGCUUCUGAUCAAGGUUCCGUCCCAGACCAUCGCGGGCUUCGACUGCGUCGUCGGCGCCGACGACGCCACCGUGUCCCUGGACGAGCUGGAUGACAAGGUGGCUGAGGAGCUGCAUCAGCAGGGCUCGGGAAGCACCAACACGGACAUUGUCAUCAGCAUCCCUGCUGCUGCGCCGGCGGCGAGCGCGCCACCGCCACCGCCACGCGUCGUCGUCGCUCCUGCAGCGAGAGCCUACGACGACGACGCGCACGUCGUCCCGUACUCCGUCUCGCUCAGCAUGCCGGCGUCGCCGUCGGGGUUCCACCUGUCGCAGUUCAUGUGCGCGGACCGUCGCGCGCGCGUGGCGCCGCCCGACGACGACGCCCACCGCCACCCGGUGGCCGUGGAGGGGCAGCAGAUGGUGGAGGGGCCGCACUCGCCGCGGCUGAUCAAGCAGACGCGGUUCCACUCGCAGCCCAUCCUGAACCUGCACCCGUCGUCGUCCAAGAACGUCGUCGCCGACGGCAGCAGCACGCGCGACAAGCGGUUCGACCCGUUCAAGACCUUCUCCGGCCGCCUCGAGCGCCAGCUGUCCAACCUGCGCGGCCGCCCGCAGGAGCCCAUCGACGGCGUAUCCCCGGACUCGAAGAUCUCCGAGGAGGAGACCGACCAGGUCCCCGCCGCCGACCGCUACUUCGACGCCUUGGAAGGCCCCGAACUCGACACGCUCAGGGCCACGGAGGUGCCGGUGCUGCCGAAAGACGAGAAGUGGCCAUUCCUGCUGCGGUUCCCGAUCAGCGCGUUCGGUAUGUGCCUGGGCGUGAGCAGCCAGGCCAUCCUGUGGAAGACGCUGGCGUCGGCGCCGCCGACGGCGUUCCUGCACGUGAGCCCCGUGGUGAGCCACGCGCUGUGGUACGUGGCGCUGGCGCUGAUGCUGCUGGUGUCCGUCAUCUACCUGCUCAAGGUGGUGUUCUACUUCGAGGCGGUGCGGCGCGAGUUCUACCACCCGAUCCGCGCCAACUUCUUCUUCGCGCCGUGGAUCGCGUGCCUGUUCCUGGUGCUGGGCGCGCCGCGCCUGGUGGCGGAGAUGCACCACGGCGUGUGGUACGCGGUCAUGGCGCCCAUCUUCUGCCUGGAGCUCAAGAUCUACGGGCAGUGGAUGUCCGGCGGCCAGCGGCGGCUGUCCAAGGUGGCCAACCCGUCCAACCACCUCUCCAUCGUCGGCAACUUCGUCGGCGCGCUGCUGGGAGCCAAGAUGGGGCUCCGCGAGGGCCCCAUCUUCUUCUUCGCCGUCGGGCUGGCGCACUACAUGGUGCUCUUCGUGACGCUCUACCAGCGGCUGCCCACCAACGUGACGCUCCCCAAGGAGCUCCACCCCGUGUUCUUCCUCUUCGUCGCCGCCCCCAGCGUGGCGUCCAUGGCCUGGGCCAAGAUCAACGGCCAGUUCGACGCCGGCGCACGGAUCGCCUACUUCAUCGCGCUCUUCCUCUACAUGUCACUGGCGGUGCGCAUCAACUUCUUCCGGGGUUUCCGCUUCUCGCUGGCGUGGUGGGCGUACACGUUCCCGAUGACCGGCGCGUCCGUCGCGACCAUCACGUACGCGACGGAGGUGACCAACGUGCUGACACGGGCGCUCUCCAUCGGGCUGUCGGGGAUCUCCACCGUCACCGUCGCGGGGCUGCUGGUGACCACGGUGUUCCACGCCUUCGUGCUCAGAGACCUCUUCCCCAACGACGUGUCCAUCGCCAUCACGCGGAAGAAGCCCAAGUUCAGCAAGAUCCUCGCGCACUUCCGCUCGUCCAGCUCCGACAUGAAGGAGCUCGUCUUCUCCCUCUCCUCCAACUCCAAGACGGCGGCGCAGUCCGACUCCGGCGACACCGACAGCGACCCGUCCGUGACCGCCAAAUCACGAGCCGAGCCGUGACGACUAGCGGCUCAACGGAGCCGCCCGGCCGGUGUAUGUAUAGCUGCUAGAUCCCUUAGCUAGCUGUACAUAGAGAAUCUUUUUUGGGUUCUAAUACUGUGUUACGAAGGAGAGGUACGUCGCCGAUGAGCAAGUGCGCAGGCACGCACGCAUCCAUCGCCCAAAAGCUGAUGCAGCAGUUGCCAGUUGGUCGGCGUGGAUGGAAUGAUCGGACAUACGAAGGCGCACACGGCCGGGUAUCCUUGGAGCAUUUUAGUGAUGAUGAGGAUAUAGCGUGAGAAGAAAAAAUAGUACUCCUAUACUACGACUAGUAGAUUGAUUAAUUAGUCUGUAAAAAUGUACCGACAUAUAUAUAUAUAUAUAUAUGUAAGUGGUGUGGACUUAAGUAAGAAUAAACCAUGCAUGAACAUGUUCUAGCCUUUGGCGCAUGAGUAGUGGAUCACUGGAGAUCAUGUGUUUCCUUGACUUUGGCGGGUUUCUUUCUUCUGUUCCGCCAAGAAACGGACAGUGACCGACAGCCACACACACACAGCAGAAUCAACAGCACGCACGCAGCAGCAUGCUCCAUGCAUGAUGCCAUGCCUUUCAAGACGUCACUAGCGGCAAAGCACGCCACCCACCGAGACGCGCGAGAGAGAUGGCCGUGACUGGACUGUCCACUGGCUUUCAUGCGCCGCGCGCGACACCUCCCCGCCCAGUGCGUUGAAACAGCCGAAUUCCUGUGGAAAACCUCGCCCGCAUCGGCCGGUUCAGGUAGCGUUCUGAUUGUCUGCGAUUGGUCGCGUUGCGGCGGCGGCGGCGGGCGGCUCGCUCCAAGAUGGAGAUGGCGACCUCCCGUCGGCGCGGUACAGGCUCAUGGACUUCGCAGGACGCUUCGGUUGUGUCAUUAUCCGUUCAUGGAGGAAUUCAAAAGCGCCCUCGACUUGCAGCAUGCGCCGCCGGCCGGUGACUACAGUCAAUUUCCUCCUGCCUGCGCAUAUUCGAUCUGGCACUGGUUGUAUUUCUCUCGGAUGUAUGUAUGUGGACAUGCGUCUCUCUCUCCCUCUUGGCACGUUUGCUUUUCUGCGUUCCAGCUGACAGCUGAGGAGCGCACGGUAGGUUGACUGUAGGUUGCCGAUAGGCUAGCUGAAUGUGACAUGCCCCACUGCUUCAGCUGGUCAGGUACAGAGCUCCAGCACAAGGUUAGGAUGUGGAUUACUGAAUUUCGUUAGAGGCCGACUGGUCCGUUGGCAGCAUGCUGAAUUUCCAGUUAAUGAGGUGCUUUUGUACAUACCAUAUACUGUAGUGUUGGCAAUUCUAGAGUGGUGGGUGUAAUUAUGUAAUU